AUGCGUCUUCACGGCGUGAUAGGCCUUCCAAGUGUUGGCCACGCAUGUAUUAUCCUUGGUCUUGCGUUUGGUGUUGUCCUGGUACGAUACUAUCUCGUUAGUCGUCGACCCAAAGACUUUCCACCAGGUCCCCCAACAGUACCGUUCCUGGGUAAUAUUACACAAGUUCCUACAUCAAAGGCCUUUCUCAAGUUCCAUGACAUGCAAGCCGAAUAUGGCUCUAUCAUUGGUCUGAAAAUCGGUUCACAAAACUUUGUCGUAUUGAAUAGCUACAAGCAUGUUAAAGCACUCUAUGAUGAACGAGGUGCCAUCUAUUCCAGUCGUGCAAACACCUACCUCGCAAAUGAGAUUGUCUGCCCCAAUGAGAUACACAUCCUUUUGAUGCAAUACGGCAAAGAAUGGCGGAAACAACGAAAGAUUCUACAGUCACUUCUCAGUGUCUCUGUGGUGGAUCGGUUGCUCCCUCUUCAAGAAGCUGAAACCACACAAACCAUUUAUCAGCUUCUCCAAGAUCCUGAAGGCUACUAUGACCACGUUCGCCGGUAUACGACAGCAGUAAUUCUGGCCUCAGUCUAUGGUCAACGCGGCUCUUCAUUCAAUCAUCCCAAUGUUCAAGCUCUCUAUCAGGCCCAGGACCAGUUUACUGCUCUUUUGGAACAGGGCGCUAGUCCACCAGUCGAUGCAUUCCCAUUCUUGAGGGCUGUUCCCGAGUUUCUAGCAACUUGGAAAACAAGAGGUCGGUCAGUUCGUGCAGAACAGAAAGAAUUGUAUCUUAGGCUUGUGCACGAAACUCGAGAUAGACUGAGGCGUGGCAAAGGAGGAGACUGUUUCUUGAAGUCGAUGUUAGAUGAUCAAGAAAAGAAUGAGAUGGAUGAUGAGCAUGUGGCUUACCUUGCAGGAAAUCUGAUGGAAGCUGGCUCAGACACUACUGCAUCAACUCUUCUGUCAUUCCUUCUAGCCAUGAUCAAGUACCCAGAUGAGUUUAAGAAGGCACAGCAAGAAGUUGAUGAAGUAUGUGGAUCAACGAGAUCUCCGACGGCUGAGGAUAUUGACCGCCUUCCUUUCAUUAAAGCUUGCAUGUACGAGACCCUCAGAUGGCGUCCAGUUGCACCCGGUGGUGUUCCGCACGCUCUUACUAGGGAUGACACAUACGAGGGCUACUUUCUCCCCAAGGGAACAAUCGUCCUCGCCAACACGUGGGCAAUCCAUAACGACGAGGCCGAGUAUGACAAGCCUCAUGAAUUCAUGCCUGAUCGCUUUUUGAACAACGAAUAUGGAACUAGGUAUACCAUUCAUGAAGAUAUCGCUUCUCAUCGUCGAACCACAUAUGCUUUUGGUGCAGGUAGAAGGGUCUGCCCAGGACAGCGAUUGGCAAAGAACUCCAUGAUGUUGAAUAUGGCGAAAAUAGCUUGGGCUUUCAAUCUUGCAUCUGGUUCUGGUGCCGUGAAUGAUGAUAUAGACUCGGCCUACCAUGAUGGCUUUCUCAUCGCACCCAAGAAAUUCCCCAUCAAGAUCACACCCCGAACUGAGAGUCACAAGGAGGUAAUCAUGAACGAAUAUGAUUCCAUACAAUCGUUCUGGGACAAGUAUGAUAACUGA